AUCUUUUAUGAUUCUGCUUUUCUCGAAUGUGAUAAAAGCAUAUGAAAGACGUGUAAAUAAACUUGACAGCAGAUGUGUUUCUAACUAAAACGUAAUUUAAUGUGGAAAUAUUUUUUUAAUUAAACCAAACAUUUAAAUUGUAAACGUAAUUUAAAGUCCAUUAAAGCCUAAACGUUAAUAGAGGAGACAGAAAUGCUUUGUUGAGAUUAACCUGGUACACUGAGUAAACUGAUAAAUCUGAUAUUAUCUUUCUGAGAAACAUAUUUAUUUCUAUUUCUAAGUUAAAAAUGGAUAAAUUAAGAAGAGCUCUGAAUGGCAAUGAACGAUGCGAUGAAGAGAGCGGUAUUAUUACGCAGGCUGAUGUGGAUUUCACGGUCAUGGACCAAACGACAUUAAGUUGGUCUACUAGGAUAAAAGGUUUUGCGAUUUGUUUCAUCGUAGGCAUUUUGUGUUCAUUUCUCGGAUCAUUUGCACUGUUCUUACAAAAAGGCCUUGCUGUAUUUGCUGUGUUUUAUACUCUAGGCAAUAUCAUCUCUUUAGCCAGUACAUGUUUCUUGAUGGGUCCAAUCAAUCAAAUUAAAAAGAUGUUUGCGUCAACAAGAAUAAUUGCAACUAUAUUAGUACUUGUCUCGAUUGCUUUGACAUUAUUUGCAGCUUUACACUUACACAAUCCUGGUUUAGCCCUUCUGUUUAUAAUUAUUCAAUCGCUAGCUAUGACAUGGUAUUCAUUGUCAUAUAUACCGUAUGCUCGCGACGCUGUUAAAAAGACAGUGGAAGCCUGUAUCACGUGAGAGAAGUAAUCAUACUUCUCUUUCGGUCAUCACAUUUGUUAUGAGUGUAUUCUUUAAAUAUUUUAGUGUCCUUUAAUAUCUGAAACAUUUUAUAAUGCCCAACAUAUAUUAUACUCUACUCAUGUUUUUAGAAGAUAAUAUUCGGGACAUUCAAACAAAAUGAAUAAGUUAGUUAUAAUGUAACAGACAAUACAAUUAUUAUGAAGCAUUUAUUGUAUGUCACAAUAUAUCGAUUCCAUGUGAUGCUUUUAAUACAUUGAUUUUCAUCAAUGUAUGUUAUAUAAGUAUUCAUCAGAACUGAGUCAAUUUAUAAGGACACAAAUAUUAUAUUGUUACAUACAUUCGUUAGCGUUUAUUAUUUAAUAUAUUGAUACUGCAGGAUUGUACUCUAUUAAUACUCAAAUAUGUAAUUAUUACAUUACGUUGUUAAUUAUCUUUUUACAAACUCACUGUAAUAAACGAUUCUAUUUUGAAGCAUAUAAUUUGUUUUCUC